CAUACACAUCACAUUCUUGGGGAGUUUUAGAUCUUUGCUUGAGAGCUAUCACAGAUGGCGAAUGAAGGUAACACUGAACACAAACCCAAAUGGCUCUACGAUGUUUUCCUUUGUUUUAGAGGGGAAGACACCCGCCACACCUUCGCUGGAAAUCUCUAUAAUGCUUUGACCCACAAGAGAUUCAACACUUUCAUGGAUCAUGAGCGUCUCAAAACUGGCGAUCAUAUCUCCUUCAUCCAUGAAGCGCUCCAACAUUCCAUGAUUUCCAUUGUUAUUCUCUCCAAAGACUUCGCUUCUUCCACCUACUGUCUUGAUGAAAUUGUCAAGAUCCUUGAGUGCAGGAAGCAGAAGAACCAACUAGUUUUGCCAAUCUUUUAUGACGUGGAUCCCUCUGAUGUAAGUUGUGAGAGUGAGACAAGUAGGUUCAAAGAAGCUGUGUCUAAUUUUAGAGAAAGGUUUGCUCAUGAUCUUCCGAAGCUCAAUACUUGGAGGUCAACUUUGUCUCGUUUAGCCCAACCUAACCCCAUAUAUGGACAGUGGCAGUUCAAAAAUGAAAGGAAACGCAUGAAUGAAUUAAAAGGGUGUUUGUACUUUUGCAGGAAACAAUACGAAUAUGAACGCAUUGAAAUGAUUGUGGAAUGGGUUACCAAAAAUGUACCCCGUUGUGAUGUUUUUCUUAGCUUCAGGGAGAAAGAUACCCGCUACCCUUUUAUAGAUUUUCUCCACAAUGCUUUGCUACUGGAGAGAUUCAAAAUCAACAUGCACGAUGAGGCAUCGGAGGAUUUAGACCAAAUUUCACAAUCUCUUAUUGAAUCAAUUGAAAGAUCAUGGCUUUUGGUUGUUGUUUUGUCAGAAAAUUUUGCAUAUUCUUCGUCGUGUCUUGAUGAACUUGUCACUAUCCUUGAGUGCAAGAAGAAGAAAAACCAACUGGUGUGGCCCAUCUUUUACAAAGUGGAACCAUCCGAUUUAAGACAUCAAAGAAAUAGCUAUGCCGAAGCCAUGGCUGAACAAGAAAAUAACUUUGGAAAGGAUUCUGAAAAAGUGCAGAAAUGGAGGUCAGCUUUGUUUGAAGUAGCCAACAUGAAAGGAUCUCACUUGAAAACAGGGUACGAAUAUGAAAUUAUCGAAAAAAUUGUGAAAGUGGCCAUUAAUGCCAUGUACAUACGUAGUUCGUGAUCUCGUGUCAACUACAAGGAAAACUUGGAUUUUUGCUUACACUAAAGUAAUCAAGUUUCUCUCAUGGAAUCUGAGUCUGGACUCUGUCAAAUGUACUAUAUAACAGCAGUGUCUAGAUAGAUGAA